AGUUCACAAUGGCGCGGGCAAAAGUGGAGACUGGCUAGUGUCAAUGGGGGCGCAGGCGCGUUCUAGGUUGAAUUUCACUAGUUGAAUUAAACGAUUGACAGCCACGGACUUGAUCACUCCAAAUUCGCCCCAUUCAAACGUUUCGGAUUUUGGUUAUAAACUGGAAGUGCGGUGACAAGGUUUCUGCCAAAGGCUGCGCUCCCUCUAUGUUUAGAGCCUUUGGCACAGUCCGUACUAACGCGUGCAGGCCGGGUUUCGAUCUGAGAUACGCGAGUUUUCAAUGGAGAGAGAUGGGGACCUUGGUGCCUAACGCGCGUCCGGGAUGUGCGCGGAGCCGAAUGAAUCUGCAGAGGUGGCACAUGCGCCCAAUUAAAAAGGAUACGCAAUCUGCUGCAACGAGUGAAAGAAAGCGCUGAAGUAAAAGUAAAAGCCGAUGAACCGAGGACGUACAGUUAUUAACAGCGACAAUGACUCAAGAUGAGAUGGAGAUGCAGCAGCGUGUCCAGCACUCUCGCGGGCUGAAACUAUGGAGCGGACUGAGGCAGCAGUGGAGGCUCUUGGGUCUUUUCGAGAUCGACCAGCAGCACCCCUUCCACAGCCUCACCUGCAUGAUGAAGGAGGGCCUGUCUGCCGCCGUGCAGAACAGCAUCGACAACCCGCCCCCGAAUGAACUGACUGAAGAGGAUUUUAAACAGGAGGUUACUCAAAUACACAAGGGAUUCACGAUGCAGUCAUUUGCAGGCCCGGUGUUUGCCAGUCUGAGGCGUUCUCUCGGUCUGACAGAGAAAGAGUAUCAGAGCUCUCUCUCCUGCACCGGCUGCUACCUGCAGUUUAUCAGCAACUCAAAGAGCAAGGCUGACUUCUUCUUAACUAAUGACAAGCGGUUCUUCCUGAAGACACAGAGCGAGCAGGAGAUAAAGUUCCUUCUGUCACACCUGAGGGUCUACAUGGAACACCUGGAGCAAUACCCUCACUCCCUGCUUGUCAAGUUCCUGGGUGAGAGGCACCUCAACAGGGCUUCCUUUUGGUCUGCAGUGGGAACACAUGGUGUCCACAGGAUUAAAAUUCCGCGGAGAAGGCAGAAGUACUUCAUUAUCAUGCAGAGCGUUUUCUACCCUGAUGAGAGGAUUGAGGAUCGGUAUGACAUCAAAGGCUGUGAGGUGAACCGCUGGACUGACCCUGCCCCCGAGGGAAGUCAGGUGAUCAUGGUUCUGAAGGACAUGAACUUUGAGGGCCAGUUCAUCACUCUGGGCCAUGAGUGCUCCUGGCUGCUUCGCCAGGUGGAGAUCGACACAGCCUUCCUGCAGGAGCUCAACGUGCUGGACUACAGCCUGCUGCUGGCCCAUCAGCCCCUGCACCAGGAUGAACGCAGCCAGAGCCUCUCGUUUGCCACCCUCAUCAUGCGCACCACCAAGUCCUGGUCUCUCUCCAACACAAGACGACCGGCAAGCAGGCCGGGGAGUACGGGCUCAAGCCCCGCCCACACGGGUCCAGAGGAAGACUCCGCCCUGCUUACGUCCAAGGCCUCGCCCGUCUACGGAACGGACCGCAGGCAGGACGCGGACCACGGGUCGGGGUCCCCCGAUUCGCCGGGACCUCUGGACUUCCACGCGCAGAACCGCCGGCUUUUGCCCAGCUUCCGGAACCCGCUGCACGUGAUCGACGGGCCGGACCGGCGCUACUUUGUGGGGAUCGUGGACGUGUUCACGGCCUACGGCCUGAGGAAACGGCUGGAGCGCCUGUGGAAGAGCCUCCGCCACCCGGGCCGCUCCGUCUCCACCGUCAGCCCCCCCGCUUACGCCCACAGACUCAGCCAAUGGGUGCACAGCCACGUUCGGUAGGGCAGGGCUGGGAGACGGGGAGAGGGGAUUGGGUGCGAGACGUGGACCAGGGGGGUGGGGCAAAGUCACAGGUGCCACACGUCAUUGGUGCAGGGGACUGCUCACACAUCUCCAAGGGCUUCAUUUAGGAACUGAGAAAAUGUCAGCCUGGCAGUUCUUCUAUUGUAUUUUCUCAGUUGCCCUUAGUGGAUUAUGAGGUUUUGUGUGUGUAUGUGAGGUCGGUGGUUAGUGAAUUAUCCCUGCUUUUGUGACAGGAAGUGCCAUUCACACUCUGUUGUCACACUGGGGUGUGGUUUGAGUGCUGCAUGCACUCACUGGACUGUCUGCAAGUACAUUGACUCAAAGGCAAAGACAUUUCAGCUUGAAUGAUGUUUAACUGCAGCUGUGGAUCACAUAUAUGGGUGUAAUACAUUGAGGAAAAAAAUGCAUUUUUUUUCACCUAGAAUAGUAAAAAUAAUAUUGGUAAUAAGAAAUUCCUUAGCCCUUAAUAAUUUUCCUUUCCUUGUAAGCUAAAAAAUAACAUUGUUUUCUGUGCUCAAUGUUGGCUUAGGGUGUUCAGGUGAGCUACACAAACUCUGUCCAUUUGCAUUUGUGGAUUUUGGACCAGAGUGCAUCAUAUCAACAGCCUAUUGACAGAAUAAUAGCAAUAAAUAUGGUGAUGAUGAUGUCAUCAACAAUAAAAAUUUAAUUGAGUUCAUAGUUUG